UCCUCAAAGUGAGGUCUAUAAAUGGUGCCUAGUUUCAUCAAACUUGAGAGCAGAGUAACACAGAGUAGUUCUCUCAUUCUCAUAUCUCCACUCUCAAUCAAACAAUUAUGACUAUGGAAGAAGGAAGUGUUGGGAGUGAGGAGUACACACAAGAUGGAACAGUGAAUAUUAAAGGAAAACCUGCUCUUAGAUCCAAAAGUGGUGGUUGGAAAGCUUGCUCCUUUGUUGUUGUAUAUGAGGUGUUUGAAAGAAUGGCUUAUUAUGGGAUAUCAUCAAACUUGAUCCUGUAUUUGACAACAAAGCUUCACCAAGGCACAGUUAAAUCUUCAAACAAUGUAACCAAUUGGGUUGGGACAAGUUGGAUCACACCCAUUUUAGGUGCCUAUAUUGCCGAUGCUCAUCUUGGCCGCUAUUGGACUUUUGUUAUUGCCUCUACCAUUUAUCUCUCGGGCAUGUGUCUGCUAACACUAGCAGUUUCCCUUCCAAGCCUAAAACCGCCACAAUGCUUUGACAAAGACAUAACAAAAUGUGGCAAAGCGUCCACACUCCAACUAGCAGUGUUCUAUGGUGCACUCUACACUCUAGCAGUUGGAACAGGUGGAACAAAGCCCAACAUCUCCACCAUUGGUGCUGACCAAUUUGAUGACUUUCAUCCAAAGGAGAAGCUCCACAAGCUAUCCUUCUUCAACUGGUGGAUGUUCAGCAUCUUCUUUGGGACACUCUUUGCAAACACUGUGUUGGUCUAUAUUCAAGACAAUGUAGGUUGGAGCCUUGGUUAUGCACUUCCAACACUUGGCCUUUUAGUUUCAAUCAUGAUAUUCUUGUCAGGGACACCCUUUUAUAGGCACAAGGUGCCUGCAGGGAGUACCUUCACUAGAAUGGCUAGGGUCAUAGUUGCUUCUUUCAGGAAAUGGAAUGUGCCUAUUCCUAAAGAUACUAAAGAAUUCUAUGAACUUGAUGUGGAGGAGUAUGCAAAGAAAGGGACUUAUCGGAUUGAUUCCACCCCAAAUUUGAGGUUCCUUGACAAGGCUUGUGUGAAAACAAGUUCAACCAACAAUCCAUGGAAGCUAUGCACUGUGACACAAGUAGAAGAAACAAAGCAAAUGCUAAAGAUGGUUCCAAUUUUGAUGGCAACAUUUGUUCCAAGCACAAUGAUGGCUCAGGUAAACACAUUGUUUGUGAAGCAAGGAACCACCCUUGACAGACACGUCGGAAGCUUCAAGAUUCCCCCGGCGAGCUUAGGCGCAUUCGUGACGAUCUCUUUGCUCACCUGCAUCGUCCUCUACGACCGUGUCUUCGUGCGGAUUAUAAGAAGGUUCACCAAGAACCCAAGAGGGAUCAGGCUCCUUCAAAGAAUGGGAAUUGGCAUUGUUUUACACAUCUUGGUCAUGACCGUUGCAUCAAUCACUGAGAAUUAUAGGCUUAAGGUUGCAAGAAAUCAUGGUGUUGUAGAAAGUGGUGCACAGGUUCCUUUAAGCAUAUUCAUUUUGCUUCCACAGUUCAUACUCAUGGGAACCGCCGAUGCCUUCUUGGAGGUUGCGAAAAUCGAGUUCUUCUACGAUCAGGCACCGGAGAACAUGAAGAGCCUUGGGACUGCAUAUUCCUCUGUUACAUUAGGAGUUGGGAAUUUCAUAAGCUCUUUCCUUUUAUCAACCGUGGCACGGGUUACUCAGGAACAUGGUCAUAGAGGGUGGAUAUUGAACAACUUGAAUGAGUCACAUCUUGAUUACUACUAUGCAUUUUUUGCAUUGCUGAAUUUCCUCAACUUUAUUUUCUUCCUAUUUGUUUCAAGGUUCUAUGUGUACAGAGCAGAGGUUUCUGAUUCCAUACAAGUGCUUGCAAAAGAGUUGGAGGAGAAGAAAGUGACUGUGUCUAAUAACUAUGUGAAUCCCAAAGACUAAUAGAGUAGAUAAAAUUGGUAUACAACUUUGGGAAUUGAAAAUAUGGUUGUGUGUGAUGAUUUCUCUCCUUAUUCUGUAGAGUGUUUGAGAAAUAUGAAAUAUCUCAGGCUGAUAUAAAAGAAGAACAAGGACAAGAUUCAGAGAAAAAGGGAUGUGUAAUGUGUUUGACACUUUUUUUCAGUUUUAAUCCCUUUUUCUUUCUUUUUUAGAAAUCGUAGGUUUUUUUAACCAAUAACUUGUAAAAUAAAAUGUUGAAGAAAAGAAUCUAUAAGGUUAGAUUUUGUCA